AAUUAAAAAUCAUCGGGUGCCAAUUUGAAAUUCGAGGAAGAUAUUAAGGUCGUUUCUGUACUUUCCCUUAAGUUCAAACAUUUUAACAAACAAGAACUCCAGAGUGUUGUUUAUUCAGAGCAUUUUCACUUCCAGAGAAGGAAGAUAACAGAGAAGAACAAUGUCAGAUUAUUUCUCUGAAGAACUCGUGGUUGAAAUCUUGAAGAGACUACCUGUCAAAUCUCUGUUGAAAUUUACAAGUGUUUGCAAAUCAUGGUAUUCUCUAAUCACAAACCCUAAUUUUAUUUCCCUUCACUUAGCUCACACUACUCAUGCCAACAAAUCCUACAUUUCAUCUUAUUAUCCUUCAGAAAGCUAUGCAUAUUAUAGGAAACAGGAAUUUGUGCUGCAUAGUGAUAUUGAUUCGUUUAGCGAGUUUGAGAAACUCGAGUUAAGCUCUUUUUACAUGUGUAAUUCCUAUUUUGAGAUUGUUGGUUCGUGUAAUGGUUUGGUUUGUUUGUCUGAUGAAAUUAAUAAUCGCCUUAUUUUAUGGAACCCGGCAAUCCGAGAGUUUAUUACAAUUUCUUUGAAGGGGUAUUGCGACCAAUUUGCCAUUAUUGGAUUUGGGUUUGAUAGCAAGAACAAUGCCUACAAAAUCGUGAAGAUUUCUAAUGAUUUAGGUGAUGGUCAACCACUUGUUGAGAUUUUUGAACUUUCCUCCAAUGCUUGGAAGACUAUUCUUGUCAAGAAUUUAGAUUAUUCUAUUUGUAAUUCGGGCUCCUGUACUUAUUUGAAUGGUGCUGCACAUUGGUUUGCAUUAAAAUAUAAUGUCUGGGAAAUUACAAUAGCGUUAUUUGAUUUGAGCAACGAAGCAUUUGAAGAGUUGAGGCUCCCUGAGGCGCUAGCUGACUUAAUGGACACUAAGCUUGUUACUUUAACAGUGUGCCGCCAGUCAUUAGCUUUAAUAUACUAUGAGGAUUGGCCUGGUUAUUAUUGUGUAAAAUGUAGUAUUUGGGUGAUGAAAAAGUAUGGUGUGCCACUAUCCUGGACGAAACUAUUUAACCUUGAUGUAGAAAAUUAUGGAAAUUUCUUCAAGGUGCUAAACUUUCAACGGAAUGGUGAAAUUCUUAUUCAAGAGCGUUACGGUGAGGUAGCUUCUUUUGACCCUGAGACAGAAAGGGUCACCACUCUUGGAGUCCAUGGAUAUAAUUUCGUAGUGCAUUCUAAUUACGCGGAGAGCCUUAUUUUACUCGACGGAAAAAGAAACAGAAAGAACCUAGUAGAAGGUUAAAGGAGCAAGCAGAAGAGUAAGAUUGAACCUGAACAAUCUACUCUAAAUAUACACUGCUCAAGUAGGUUUAACUUCAUAUAUUUUUGUUAUAUUUUGAUUUUCUUUAUCAUGAAAUUAAAACAAGCUGAAACCGCUAUUCUAAUUGCUCUUUUGAUGAAUUUUAUGUAUUUAUGUAGCUGAACAUCUGAGAUUGUUGGUUCAUGUUAA